AUGGACCUCCCCAGCAAUGACAUCCUGUUGGCGCUCUUCGAGUGUCCGGUCUGCUUCGAGUACGUCCUCCCGCCCAUCCUUCAGUGCGAGAAUGGCCAUCUGAUCUGCAAGAACUGCCGCGGCAUGAUCACCUCCUGCCCCAGUUGUCGGGUGCUCUUCGGGCCGAACAACAUUCGCAACCUGAUACUGGAGAAGCUGUCCAGCAAGGUCCGCUUUCCCUGCAAGUACAGCAGCAACGGCUGCCUGGAGGUCUUCUACCACAAGGAGAAGACGGAGCACGAGGAAACGAAGUGCCUCUUCAAGCCCUUCCUCUGCCCCUGUCCCGGAAGCAGCUGCAAGUGGUCCGGCUCCAUGGACCAGGUGAUGGGCCACCUGAUGACCUCCCACAAGAGCAUCACCACGCUGGAGGGCGAGGACAUUGUCUUCCUCGCGACGGAUAUUAACCUCAGCGGAGCCGUUGACUGGGUGAUGAUCCAGUCCUGCUUCAACCACCACUUUAUGCUGGUGCUGGAGAAGGCGGAGAAGUACUCCAGCCACCAGCAGUUCUUCGCGGCGGUGGUGCUGAUCGGAGGGGAGAAGACCCCCGACCAGUUCACCUACCGCCUGGAGCUGAACGCCCACAAGCGACGGCUGCUGUGGGAGGCGCAGCCGCGAUCCAUUAGCGACGGCGUCCAGUCCGCCAUCAGCAACAGCGACUGUCUGGUCUUUGACGCCGCCAUAGCGCACCACUUCUCCGACGGCGGCAACCUGGGCAUCAACGUCACCAUUCAGCAGGGCAGCACGCCGGGCGGCCGCGACAACACCCACAUCAUCAGCAACCACAGCGCCUUCGGCAACAGCAGCCUCCUCAAUAACCAGUUUUAG